AUGACUUUUUGGUCCAAGGUGACCAACAGCAACACCCGUCCCCAGUCAACAGGCUCGACAGAGAUGGAUCACUUCAAGUCUGAUACCGCCGGCAUGACCGAGACAGACGAGGCUUUCAACAACGAGGAUGUUGAACUUGCAAUUGUCGGAACCAAGACCAGAACUCCUGGUGAUCUCGUCGAGAUGAAACAACCUGGCUCUAGAACUCCCCUCUUUGGUGUUUACCUGGGAUACUUCGGCAGUCGUCAUCACUUCUACACAAACACGGGCAAAUGGGUCAUCAGUUUGGGAUUUAAUGCCCUCUUCACUAUCUCCAAAUUUGUCCCCGCUGAUGAUUUGAAGCCAAUUCUGGCCUUGAUCCCCAAGGAUGUCACACCCGAUGACUUUGAAGAACUCCGCAGGGAGGACAAGGGCCCUAGCCGUGAAGCCGGUGCUGACCUGAUUCAAAAAAUGCGGGCUUUCACUUUGGAAGCUGACAAGGCAUAUCAAGCCAGCCUCAAUAGCCUGGAUAGAGCAAGGUCUCUGGUGUCGGAUGGCAAGCGGACCAAGUACCUGAGCCUAUUCGAGCUCGCCGACAUUCUCUUACCUCAGUCCCUUAAGAAAGGCAAACGAUUUUCUCCCGCCGCUCUGUACGCCGUCCAUACCGCCCUCUACCGGAACGAUUUCAUCUUCCGGCCUCUCAGCCCAUCUGCGGAUUGUCACCGACGAGAUCAUCUUUUCGAGAUUUUCCCGUAUCAAGAUCUCAUGAUGAUCAACCGCGUUUCACUCAUGGUCCGCGACUAUACCAUGACAAGGGGCAGGAACUUGAAACCUCCCACUGAUGAAGAACUCGCAUGGACAGGGUUCGGUAGCUUUGUUCUCAAAGCAAGGGAAGUUGUUCUCGCCAAUCGCCAGAAGCGAUCCUGGACACCGUACGGGAUCCUCGCCCCUUCGCCAGGGGUAACUAUCGAGACAGCGGAAUGGUCAAGGAAACAGCUGGAUUUCAUACGCUUCUUGGAGUGGUGGGCAAGCUACGACCUCUUUGAAGACUCGUCGCGCUUCCAUGCAGAUGGUUCUCUGAUUCUCCGGGCACUUGACCUCUACGAUAAUGCCACUUUGGAUCAGCGAACCGCCUGGACUUUUCUUCAAGAACUGGGCAUGAUUCCUCCAUGGGAGAUCCCGUCACGCUACAAGGUUCGAUUCCCCGGCGUCAAGAUCGAGGGUGGAGGCGGCCUCCAGAGAGAGGUCCCAGCCCGGCUAGAGGACUCGACACGGCCAGACAUUGCAGAAGGCUCAAGGAGGCAGUGGACUGACGACAUGGUCUUUUGCAUCGACGCUCCUGAGACCAUGCUCAUCGACGAUGGUGUCUCGCUAGAGCGUACAGAGAAACCAGACGAGUUCUGGAUUCAUGUGCAUACAGCCGACCCAGCAUCGGGAAUCAAGCCAAACUCUGAGUUGGGCAAGUUCCUGGAGCUGAUUCCAGAAAACAUUUACCUUCCGGGACACUUCCAGGCCAUGUUGCCGGCUGAUAUCAGUCUGGAUCAGUCAGGAGAUUACAAAUCGGAAAGCCUUGUCGACCAGAACUCCUUGGCUGCCGGUCGACCAGCUCUCACCUUCAGCGCCAGAGUCAACGAAAAGGGGGAUCUUCUCGACUACAAAGUCGAGCCAGGAACCCUUCACAAGGUCACAUAUUUGGAUCCCAAGGACGUUUCCAAGUUUUGUAACGAACCUCCGCCUCCCCCAGCAUCCGACAAGAGUCUUGCCGUUGGACAACUACCGGACAAGGCAAAGACGGUGCCAAACCGGCCCAUGAUGUCGGCAGAAGAUCUGGACGAGAAGAGCAAGGAAGACCUCCUGACGCUCUAUCGCUUGGCUGAGGCGAUCAGAGGAAAGCGCCUUGAGAAGGGAGCGUGGCCCUCGUUUCUGCCCGGCGCCUCUGUCAUGGUUGCCUUUGAGGAUGUACCAAUGAGCCAAACUGCGGGGACAAAGGUCCUGCCCCCGGACCCAUACAUCAAGAUCGGCUACGACUCGUUCAAUGGCGCCUCGGUUGUUUCCAACACCAUGGUUCUGGCUGGUGAGAUCGCGGCUCGGUGGUGCUCUGACCGCAAGAUCCCGGUCCCAUACCGAAGAGAUGUGCACUCGAAGGACAACUUUGAAGCUAUCUAUAACUACGCCACCAAGGAGCUAUAUCCUCCCCUCGAGAGGGGUGUGCAACCAUCGCUGGCGCAGCGUCAGCAGCUCUCACGUCUCACAGGCGGCGUCGAGAUGUCGACCAAGCCCGGGCCAUACUUCAUGCUAGGUCUAGACAUGUACGCCAAAGCCACGUCGCCUCUCCGCCGCUUCUCAGACCUAGUAGUCCACUGGCAGGUUCACGCGGCGCUGGCACACGAGCGGGAGGUGAAGCGGCGGAUUGAUCCCGAGGUGGACGACCUGAACGGCAUUCUCCCGUUCACGGCGGAGACUCUCCCCAACACCAUCAGCCUGCUACACAUGCGGGAGAAGAUGGCGCGGACCGUCUCGCAGGGCACCAAGGAGUGGAUGCUCAUGGCGCUCGUGCGGGCCUGGAAGUUUGAGAACACGAUACCACAGCGGAUGCGCUUCAAGGUCGAGUCCCGGUGGCGACAGGGCGUGCUAGGCAAGCUGGACCUGUUUGACCUGGAUGCCAUCAUGACAGUAGACGGCAUCGAUAAGCUCAUGCUCGUCAAGGAUAUCAAAGUGGGCGAUCAGUUCGACGUUGAACUCUGCGACAUCAACGUCCACUCCCGGCAGAUCUUUGUCAAAGCGCUCAAGCACAACGGCCAGGGUCAGAGCCAGAGCCAGCCGGCGCACUCCCCGGCCGCCUCGGCCCCGGACCCAACCCCGUGA